CUUGAUUCCCUGCUUCAAAUCGUAGUAACAUUGCCAUGGCCAGCCUCACCUCUGCAGCAGCUACGGCCCCUUCCUUCGCCGGGCUCAAGGUCGCCGCCCGAAGCGGCGGCGGCGGCGGCGGCAGGAGAACGACCCAGCCGAUGGUGGUCCGGGCGUCGCUGAGGGAUGCCGCGGGCUUGGCGGUGGUCGCGACGGCGGCGAGCGCGAUGGUGGCGGCGAGCAACGCGAUGGCCUUCGACGUGCUGCUGGGUUCCGACACCGGAGAGCUGGCGUUCGUGCCCAACAGCUUCUCGGUGGCGUCGGGGGAGACGAUCGUGUUCAAGAACAACGCGGCGUUCCCGCACAACGUCGUGUUCGACGAGGACGAGAUCCCGAAGGGGGUCGACGCCGGGGGCAUCUCAAUGGCGGAGGAAGACCUGCUCAACGCGCCGGGGGAGACCUACUCCGUCACCUUGAAGGAGAAAGGCUCCUACAGCUUCUACUGCUCUCCCCACCAGGGCGCCGGCAUGGUCGGAAAAGUCACCGUCAAUUAGAAGGAAAAAAAUUGUGAAGCUUGCACGCUUUCACUCUUUUGUACGAGUCGCCGGCCGGUGAUGAAUAUUUAUGUAUCUUUAUGCAUGUUGUCUCAAUUAUAAAGUCUUUGAUUUUUGCCAAUACAAUCAAUAAAUUGGAACGAUUGCAACAA